UGCUGGGUCCCAGUUCCAGUCCCAGUCCCAGUCCCAGUGCUGGGUCCCAGUCCUGGUGCUGGGUCCCAGUUCCAGUCCCAGUCCCAGUGCUGUGUCCCAGCUCCAGUGCUGGGUUCCAGUUCCAGUCCCAGUCCCGUCCCAGUCCCAGUUUCAGUCCCAGUCCAGUCAAUUCCCAUCCCAGUCCCAUUCCCACUACAGUGCCAGUCCACUCCCAGUCCAUACAGUCCAAGUCCCAGUCCCAGUUCCAGUCCACUCCCAUUCCCAGUCCAAGCCCAGGCCCAGGCCCAAUCCAAGCCAAUCCCAGUCCCACUUCAAUCCAAUCACAGAACCAGUCCUCACUCCAAUCCCAGUCCAGUCAAGUCCCAUUCCCAAGUCCCAGUCCUGGUCCAAGUCCUGGUCCAAGUCCCAGUUCCUGUGCCUAUCCCAGACCCAGUCCCAGUCCAGACCCAGUCCAGACCCAGUCCCAGCAGUCCUCAUCCCAGUCCCGGUCCCAGUCCCAGUACCAGUUCAGUGACAGCCCACUCCGAGUCUCAGUCCAGUCCAGUCCCACUCCAGUCUCACUCCACACCGGCCCACGGCACCGGCCCAGUUCGGCCCAGCUCAGCCCAGUUCAGUCCAGCUCAGCCAAGUUCAGCCCAGCCCAGUUCAACCCAGUUCAGCCCAGCCCGGCACAGCCCAGCCCACUUCAGCCAGGUUCAGCCCAGCUCAGCUCACCCAGUUCAGCCCAGCCCAGUCCAGCCCAGCCCAGUCCAGCCCAGCCCAGUCCAGCCCAGCCCAGUCCAAGUUCAGACCAGUCCAGCAAGACCAGUUCAGUCCAGCCCAAUCCAGCCCAGUUCAGCCCAGCCGUUCAGCCCAGUCCAGCCCAGUCCAGUCCAGUCCAGCCCAGCCCAGCCCAGUCCAGUCCAGUCCAGCCCAGCCCAGUUCACUCAGCCCAGUCCAGCCCCGUUCAGCCCAGCUAAUCCCAGUCCAGCUCAUCCCAGUCCAGUCCAGUCCAGUCCAUUCAGCCCAGUCCAGCCCAGCCCAGCCAGGUUCAGCCCAGCCCAGCCAGGUUCAGCCCAGUUCAGCUCACACAGCCCAGUUCAGCCCAACCCAGUCCAGCCCAGUUCACCCAGCCCAAUCCAGCCCAGUCCAGCCCAGUUCAGCCCAAUCCAGCCCAGUUCAGCCCAGCCCAUUUCAGCCUGCCCAGCCCAGCCCAGUCCAGUCCAGUCCAGCCCAGCCCAGCCCAGUCCAGUCCAGUCCAGCCCAGCCCAGUUCAGCCCAGCCCAGCCCAGCCCAGUCCAGCCCAGCCCAGCCCA